AUGCGGGCGUGGAGGCUGCUGCUGUUUGGAAUCAGAAACUCUGGCGCGGCUUUCAUCAAGUGGGGCCAGUGGUCUGCCACUCGCGAAGACCUCUUCCCACAGGACGUGUGCAUGGUGCUGGCAGAGCUGCACGACCGGGCGCCGGUGCACAGCUGGGAGGCCAGCAAGGUGCAGAUCGAGGAGGCCUUUGGCAAGCCUGUCGAGGAGCUGUUCGACAGCAUUGACCAUGCAGCCCUGGCCUCUGGCAGCAUCGCCCAGGCGUUUGUGUGCGCGCAGGUGCACAGGGCGGUGCUGCAGCUGGGGGGCGAGCCGCGGCAGGUGGUGGUGAAGGUGCGGCACCCCAACGUGGCGCGCAACAUCACCAUUGACUUCCGCCUGCUCAAGCCGGUUGCCGCCGCCGCCUCGCGCGUCCCCUCCCUCAAGGGCCUCUCCCUCAAGGAGUCCCUCGCCCAAUUCUCCGCCAACAUGACCGCCCAGACUGACCUGAGGGUGGAGGCGGUGCACCUGCGGCGCUUCUACAACAACUUUGCCGCGGUGCGCUCGUCGGUGACGCCGCCGCUGCCAGUGCCCGGCAUGGCCACCGAGGCCGUCCUCGUGGAAACCUUCGAAGCAGGGGAGAGCGUGGCCAAGUACAUCCGGCAGCCGUCGCCGUACAACACGCAGAUCGUCGCCCUUGGAGUGGACACCUAUUUGAAGAUGCUGCUCCACGACAAUUUUGUGCACACGGAUUUGCAUCCGGGCAACAUUCUGGUGCGCGGCCGAUAUGGGUACUCGCAAUUAGUGAUGUUGCAAAAUCUGGUGCAGAUCCUGCUGGACUUUGGGCUGGCGGAGGAGCUGACGCCGCGCGUGCGCAAGCACUUCAUCUCCUUCCUGCACGCCAUCUCCAAGGGCGAUGGCGCGGCCGGCACGCGCCACAUGCUCGCGUUCGGCAAGGCCCAGACCUGCCCCGACCCGGCCGCCUUCCAGCACGACAUGACCGCCAUGUUCCGCCGCGAGUGCAACAUAUACUCCAAAGCCGGCGUCGACGUCGACCAGGUGCUCAAGUCGGCGCUGCACCUAGCGCGCAAGCACGAGGUUGUCAUCGACAGCAGCUACGCAGCGUUAGUCGUGGGCGUCUGCGUCAUUGUGGGCUUUGCCACCGCUCUGGACCCGGCCCUCAACCUCAUCGACGCUGCCACAUCGGCCUUCUUCAUCAACGACCUCACUGGCCGCAUCGCCGGCCGCCUGUACACCUGA